AUGGCAGCUUCUCAGGACGAGCAGAAAAUCCCCCAGGAUGGCACAGGCGUCAUCCAGCUGGAUCCCUGGCUGGGCCCGUUCAGCGACGCCCUGAGGCGACGGUACUCUAAAGCUCAGGAAUGGAUCAAGCGUAUAAACGACACUGAAGGCGGCUUUGAGAAGUUUUCCAAGGGCACUGACAUCUUCGGCUUCAACGUGGACGAGAAGAACAAUGUCACCUAUCGCGAGUGGGCGCCCAAUGCCGAACAGGCAUAUCUUGUUGGAGAUUUCAACGGUUGGAACUAUGAGUCGCAUCCAAUGAAGAAGAACGCAUACGGGGUGUUUGAGAUUGUGGUCCCAGCCAAGGAUGGCAAGAAGGCGAUUCCUCACAACUCCAAAGUCAAGAUAUCACUCGUUCUUCCUGGGGGCGGCAGAGUCGAUCGCCUUCCAGCCUGGAUCAAAUACGUAACACAAGACCUGUCUGUCUCCCCGGCGUACGAUGCUCGCUUCUGGAGCCCAGAGCCGUCAGAGAAGUACGCUUUCAAGCAUCCACGACCACAGAAGCCGCAGAGCAUUCGCAUAUACGAAGCUCACGUCGGCAUCUCGUCACCAGAGCAGCGCGUCGCCACGUACGACGAGUUUACAGACAACGUGCUCCCCAGAAUCAAGGACCUUGGCUACAAUGCUAUUCAACUAAUGGCCAUCAUGGAACAUGCCUACUAUGCUAGCUUUGGAUAUCAAGUGAACAGUUUCUUCGCCGCCAGCAGCCGCUACGGAACCCCCGAGGGGUUGAAGAGGCUCGUCGAUACCGCCCACAAGAUGGGAAUUGUCGUGCUCCUGGACGUGGUACACAGUCAUGCGUCAAAGAACGUACUCGACGGCCUCAACCAGUUCGACGGGACCGACCACCAAUACUUCCACAGCGGAGGUAAGGGCAAUCACGACCUUUGGGAUAGCAGACUCUUCAACUACGGCCACCAUGAGGUCAUGCGAUUCCUCCUGAGCAACCUGCGGUUCUGGAUGGACGAGUACCACUUUGAUGGCUUCCGCUUUGAUGGUGUCACCAGCAUGCUCUACAAGCACCAUGGUAUUGGAACUGGCUUUUCUGGUGGAUAUCACGAAUAUUUCGGAUUUGACGUCGAUGAAGAAGCGGUCGCCUAUCUGAUGGUUGCCAACGAAAUGUUGCACAAGCUCUACCCCGAGUGUGUCACUGUCGCGGAAGACGUGUCGGGUAUGCCAGCGCUGUGCCUCCCGCUAUCCCUUGGCGGCAUCGGAUUCGACUACCGGCUUGCCAUGGCCAUUCCCGACAUGUGGAUCAAGAUCCUCAAGGAGAAGAAGGAUGAGGAUUGGGAUCUUGCCAACAUUUGCUUCACCUUGACCAACAGACGCCACGGCGAGAAGACCAUUGCAUACUGCGAGAGUCACGAUCAAGCACUUGUCGGAGACAAGACGCUGAUGAUGCACCUAUGUGAUGCCGAAUUGUACACCAACAUGUCGACGUUGUCGCCGCUGACACCAGUGAUUGACCGUGGAAUGGCGCUGCACAAGAUGAUCCGGCUGCUCACCCACGCGCUGGGCGGAGAGGGAUACCUCAACUUUGAGGGCAACGAAUUCGGCCAUCCCGAGUGGCUGGACUUCCCUCGGGCCGGAAACAACAACUCUUUCUGGUAUGCCCGUCGGCAGUUCAACCUCACAGAAGACCCUCUGCUUCGAUACAAGUUCCUGAACGACUUUGACAAGAUGAUGAACCACUGCGAGGCCAAAUAUGGCUGGCUGUCCUCGCCCCAGGCUUACAUCUCCUUGAAGCACGAAGGCGAUAAGGUGAUUGUGUUCGAGAGAGCGGGACUUGUGUUCGUUUUCAACUUCCACACAGACCGAAGCUUCAGCGACUACCGCAUCGGCAUUGAAGUGCCGGGGACCUAUAAGAUUGUCCUUAACAGUGACUCGGACAAGGUCGGAGGCCAUAACAGGGUGGACGAGGAGACUCGUUUCUUCACAACCCCCAUGGAGUGGAACGGAAGGAAGAACUGGACGCAUAUCUAUAUUCCUUGCCGAACCGCAUUGGUAUUGGCGCGGGAGAGUGCGGCAACUGAGUGA